GUCUUGGCCUUCACAACAUCAAGACAUUUAGACUGGAGGCUAGAUUCACAAGGGAAUUUGAUCACCAUUCAGACUGACACCAGAGAAAGUGGUGCAGGUCUUCUCUUGCUUUAACUUUUAGCCUAGUUUGGGGCAGGAUCUGAACCCAGGUCUAGGUGAGGCCUUAACGAGCAGGCUAUUAGCUCUUCUAAUAUUUGUCUUGCAGUAGCACCUCAGAGCACCAAUCACUGACCAGGCCCUCACUGUGCUAACUGCUGUACAAACACAGAACAAAGAGAACUGACAAUGUGAGUAAACUAAGCAUAACAAAGCUGCUGAGCUCUUCAGGGCGGGGACUGUGUGUGUGUCUCUUUCAUUUCACUUGUGGUGCCAGGUCUAGAAUGAAUAAAUGCUGAGAAUCGGUUUCUUUCCACAGAAUUCAUUCGCUGCUCUUCCAUCACAGCCCUUCUCCCCAGAGAUAUUUACCAGCAUCAACUUGCCAGGGGCAGGAAGGCAGUUAGACCCUCUCCCUCUCACUGGCAUGAAUGGGAAGGACAAAAAUGCUGCCCAACCCUUGGACAAACUAUUUUCUUUUCUUCUGCAGCAAGAUGCCAAAGACCCCCACUCUUCAGUGGGGCUGAGCUCCAGGUGCCGGGGGCUGUGGAGUGAGUGUGUGUUUGAUAACAUGGCCAACCUCUGGACCUGCGACAUCCCCAUCUCCUACCUCAGCGAGCACUCUGCUGCCCUGGUGAUUACUCGUGCUUUGGUGAUUGUGACUGGCAUUCUGUGCCUUGGUGCGGUGCCCUGUUUAAUCGCAGGAAUGAACUGCACCAAGCUGAUCAGUGACCAGGUCCAUCCGAAAUACAAAUUCUCCCUUGCUGCUGGGACCCUUUUCCUUCUGGGAGGGCUGUCAGGAGCAAUCGCAGUUCUCUGGUAUGCAGUGGACACUGUUCAGAAGUAUAGGCUAGAGGUCAGUCUUGGGAUCCCAGGGGUGACCUAUGAACUGGGCUACUCAUACUGGAUGGCUGCAGCCGGCACCAUCUGCACCUGUGUGACAGGGAUCCUGCUGAUUGUUGCCAACUGUCCCAGCACCCGGACACCAAGACGGGGGAGGAAACGUCCACGUGCCUGCCUGCCACCUGUCUCCCCGAGGAAAGGCACCUACCUGUGAGGCUGGAGCUGAGCACUUCACUCCCUGCCAGCCACUGGAGACGCAGGCCUUUGCUUCAGUGCAAGAUGCUCUGGAAAACUGAGAUGAAAUUUUGUUUUUGUCAACGUUUACUGUCCCCCCCACCCCCAUUUUUUUUACCAGCUCUACUAUAGGCCAGUGCUGUGAGAAGCCCCUCACUCCCUUGGGAGAGCAGUCACAUGCACGCUGACAUCAAUGGGGCUACAGAGGAGUGAAGGCUUUGCACUCUGGUCCAGAGGGAGGGUAGGAUGGCACUGCAGGAAAUGCAGCACAACCUAACGAUGGUCAGGCAGCUUCACAAAAUAGUUGUAGAAACCGUUAAAGCUGCAAGUCACCUUGGGGGCAGGAGAUCGUCCCGAUGUCUGUGCCUAGCGGUGAAGGCAGGAUCAUUGCAGGGCACCAAGCUCUGGAGAAGCAGGUCUAGCCUGGGGACAGAAGGCUAUGCCAGCGCCACUGUGUUUCUAUCUGUGCGCAUUUCUCUUUGUGUGUGUGUGUGUGUGUGUGUGUGUGUGUGUGUGUGUGUGUGUGCGUGCGCAAAUGGGAGAAUCUGUGUGAACUAGAUGAUAUCAGUGUCUCAGCAAUGAACUGAUUCGCCCUCAGAUAAGAGCAGUUAGAGCACUAUGAAUAAGCAGCAGUAAUUCUUCAUUCCUGUUUGCUCUAGCGAGAAUUAGACAUUCCUUUGUUUUCAGCUCUUUUUCAUAUUAAUCUAUUACAAUUACACAUUAUUACAGGGGAGGAAACCUCUUAUUUACUAGAAGAAAGCAACAAAUGGUGCUCUUUAAACAAGGCUGUGGAAAGCCCUACAGAUGGAGCACUUAGGAAUGAGAGCAAAUGACUUCUUUUUGUUCAAAAUGUGGAGAAAAGAAUCACUGUGCCAGUGAUCUCAGGGCAAAGAAAGACUGAAACUAGGAAACAUCACAGUAUAAAUGGCACCACACCGUAGUACUUUGUUGUGCAUAGUCUGUAUUAUUCAGCUUGCUUAACUACAAAAUCUCUGUAAGAAUAUUCCACCUGGUUGUGGGCAAUAGAACAGCUUGUAUGGAAAUGCUCCCCCAUCGGGUAUGGCCAGGUAUUAAUUUAAUAGAAACAGCCAGGUGGACUCCUCAGAUUUCUGCUAGAAGCAGAAUUUAAUAGGGAUCCAGGCUUGUUUUAUGACUAGGAAGAGAUUCCUAUUGUCAGAAGCACACAAUGUUGGCCUGACUCUGCUCCCCCUAACAGCACUGAGAUUUUGGGCUGGGGUUUUCCAAGUAGCCUCUCAAGAGAGUUAAGAACUGGAAUCCCACUGGGAACCUAACUCCCUUAGGCUCUUUUGAACACCCCGGCCUUCACCCAGUAGUGACUCUGGGAAGGAUUUGGGAGUUGUGGUGGAUAUCAGCUGAACAUGAGCUCCCAGUGUGACACUGGCCAAAAGGACUAAUGGGAUCCUGGGAUGCAUAAACAAAGGAAUCUCGAGUAGGAGCAGAGAGGUUAUUUUAUCUCUGGGUGUGGCACUCGUGCGACUGCUGCUGCAAUCCCGUGUCCAGCUCUGGUGCCCACAACUCAAGAAAGAUGUUGAUAAAUUGGAGAGGGGUCAGAGAAGAGCCAAGAGAAUGAUUAAAGGGUUGGAAAAUAUGCCAUAUAGUGAUAAACUCCAGGAGCCCAAUCUAUUUGGCUUAAGAAACAGAGGGUUAAGGGGUGACUUGAUCAUAGUGUAUAAGUAUCAACACGGGGAACAAAUAUUUAAUAAUGGGUAUGACACUGGCAGACAAGGUGCAAGCUCAUGCCAAGGCCCGGGCCUCACUGAACACAUACAAAUGCAUGGCUGGAAACCAGUCUUGCUUACUUGUGUUUUAGCAUUAUCAAAAUCGCUAUUAGAUGUUAAAUUGAUGAAAAUGUGUUUAGUGUUUAGACUUUAUAAAAUGCUUGUAGGGUGCUGGGUGUAUUGAUCUCACUUAUAAUCUCUAUAGCCUAUGGUAUAAAGUUAUAUUGUGUGUUUGCAUUGUAAACCUCUGUAAUUGUGUAACUCAACAAACAGGCAAAGAAGAAUUGAGUAAGGGAAAGUGCUCAUCCUGCAUACAAGAAUAGCCCAUGGAAGGCAAAAGAUGUAUUGUGUAGCAUCAAAGCACACACUGUUGAUUUCAUUCCCACCUCCCUCCAGGAACUCAUCCCAUCAGUUUUGGACUUUGGAAAGGAGGGGAUAAGGAGUUUCAGGAGAAACUGAAUCUCUCUUAUGCUGCCUGGUUUCUGAGGGGCAGGGACUCCUAAACAUAAGCAUUGAGAGCCCCAUGCUGGUUAGCCGGGGUUAGCCCUGAAAAGGCAUUCAGUGCUGACAGAUUAUUACCUCUUUGUCACCUGUUGAGACCGUAGCCUGAACUCACCUGUGUGUAUAUGUUGCCUGCUUUAACCUGUAAAUAACUCUCUUGUUUCUUUUUCCUUGUUAAUAAACCGUUUGUUAAUUAUGUGA